AACAGCACCGCCAUCAGCGCCUCAGGCGAAACGAUCAUACAGCUACAUCAGCACCGCCAUCAGCGCCUCAGGUGGAACGAUCAUACAGCUACAACAGCUCCGCCACCAGCGCCUCAGGCAAAUCGAUCAUACAGCUACAACAACACCGCCAUCAGCGCCUCAGGUGGAACGAUCAUACAGCUACAACAGCACCUCCACCAGCGCCUCAGGCGAAUCGAUCAUACAGCUACAACAGCACCGCCAUUAGCGCCUCAGGUGGAACGAUCAUACAGCUACAACAGCACCUCCACCAGCGCCUCAGGCAAAACGAUCAUACAGCUACAACAGCACCUCCACCAGCGCCUCAGACGAAACGAUCAUACAGCUACAUCAGCACCGCCAUCAGCGCCUCAGGCGAAAUGAUCAUACAGCUACAACAGCACCGCAAUCAGCGCCUCAGGUGGAACGAUCAUACAGCUACAACAGCACCUCCACCAGCGCCUCAGGCGAAUCGAUCAUACAGCUACAACAGCACCGCCAUCAGCGCCUCAGGCGAAACGAUCAUACAGCUACAUCAGCACCGCCAUCAGCGCCUCAGGUGGAACGAUCAUACAGCUACAACAGCUCCGCCACCAGCGCCUCAGGCAAAUCGAUCAUACAGCUACAACAGCACCGCCAUCAGCGCCUCAGGCGAAACGGUCAUACAGCUACAUCAGCACCACCAUCAGCGCCUCAGGCGAAAUGAUCAUACAGCUACAACAGCACCGCAAUCAGCGCCUCAGGUGGAACGAUCAUACAGCUACAACAGCACCUCCACCAGCGCCUCAGGCGAAUCGAUCAUACAGCUACAACAGCACCGCCAUCAGCGCCUCAGGCGAAACGAUCAUACAGCUACAUCAGCACCGCCAUCAGCGCCUCAGGUGGAACGAUCAUACAGCUACAACAGCUCCGCCACCAGCGCCUCAGGCAAAUCGAUCAUACAGCUACAACAGCACCGCCAUCAGCGCCUCAGGCGAAACGGUCAUACAGCUACAUCAGCACCACCAUCAGCGCCUCAGGUGAAAUGAUCAUACAGCUACAACAGCACCGCAAUCAGCGCCUCAGGUGGAAUGAUCAUACAGCUACAACAGCACUGCCAUCAGCGCCUCAGGUGGAACGAUCAUACAGCUUCAACAGCACCGCCACCACCGUCUCAGGCGAAACGAUCAUACAGCUUCAACAGCACCGUCAUCAGCGCCUCAGGUGGAACGAUCAUACAGCUACAACAGCACCGCCACCAGCGCCUCAGGUGAAAUGAUCAGCUACAACAGCUCCACCAGCAGUGCCUCAGGUGAAACAAUCAGCUACAACAGCACCGCCAGCAGUGCCCCAGGAGGAACGAUAAUUUGGUUACAACUGCACCGCCAGGUGAAAUUAUCAUACAGGAACUACAGCUCUGCCAGCAGUACCUCGGGUGAAUAUGGGAGCAAUUUUGAGUGGAUGUGAGAAUAGCCACAAUAUUUUGACCAUCAUACAUUGUUGUUAUUGUUUCUUAUGUUUCAUGAUGCAACAAAACUUUUGAUUCUGCAUUUUGACUUUGACUCUGCAAUAGGUAUAUCUAGGUUGUGAUUUAUUUCUGUUUUAGUUGUCUUCAGCCAUUUUGGUGUGUUAAACUUGAUUCAGUUUUGGACUUCCCAUUUUUAUGUUUAAAUGUACAUUGUGAUAAACAAGGUUCUGUUCCAUGGUGUUCAGCAAUUUUAUGGACAAAAAUAAUAAAACUAUUAAAAUAUCAAAUAAAUAAGUAUUGUGAUACUUGUUGACACAGUGACACUCUUGUCCCAUAAAUUAUCUCUAUACCACGAUACUAAAUUAAUAUGUUGUCCCACAGCGAAUUUUUCUCGCUUCACUGAAACACGCCCGCCCCCCUCCUCCCCCGAGAGAACGUCAGUAGAUUAUGACGUCACACGGUGUAAACUGUACACCCGCGCGCUCUGAAGUCUGAAGAUCACUUCAGUUCAGUGAGAUUCCGAGCAGAAGCGAAGACGUUCACCUGAGCAGAGACUCGAAGUCCAUCCAGACGGACAGUUGACUAAAAUUCAGCAAGUUUGACAUCGAUACAGUCAACACGCGUUUCUCCUGCGUUAGAGUCAGAGGAGCUCUACUUCAGCAGCUCAGUGUCAGCAGAAGUUCAGCUGAUGUUCAGCUGAUGUUGAGUGAGUCUCCACAGACAGCUGGAGGAAAAAGCUCUUCAGAACAACAGGCUUCUCCCACAGCAGCCGCUAUGGAGAACCGCCCAACAG